AUGGACUCACUCUCCAUUGAUAGCUCGAGGUCCGUCCUGUAUCCCUACGCCCCCAUUGGCCGCCUCGUCUUGACUGAUUUUCCAAGCAGCUCUUGGGAGCUCCGCAGCCCCUCGCUCCCCCUCGCCCAAGGCCCGCUACCGCCUCCACCGAGCAGCCCAACCCAGCGUGCUCGGGGGACGAAGCAUUCCCAAGCUCUUGUCCGAUACCAGCCGCCGCAGGUCUGUGGCGUCGUCGAGGUUCGCAAGAAUGCCUGCUUCCUAGGUGUCACCGCCAUCGUCCGCCGUGAGACUCGGGAGCUCGUCAACUCCAGCGAGUACGGUACCUACGAGUACCCCAGGGUCAGGUAUGUCGUCGAGGACCUUAGCUGGCCCGUCUUCAAGCGCUUCGGCGGCCUGGACCUGAUGGACCCGGAUCUUCUCCAUGUGCUGGAAGCCAAGUCUCGCUGGUGGACAAGGACGGAUGACUGGUUCCUACUGGCCCAGCAUGCAUUUGGCAAGAGCCGCAGGCGCAUCCUGUUCACCUUUGCUGAUCCAAGUGUGCCGACUCUCCCGCGUGCGCUGCCUGCUCCCCCUCCGUUCGGACAAACACCCCAGGAAAGGGAUGACCGUGUGUCGAGCCGCAUUGAGGAACUUGCCUGA